AUGCAGGGUGAGGAGAAGAAGGGGAAGGUGAAGAAGGGGUGGCUGGCGGUGAUGGUCGACGAGGACCAGCGGCGGUUCGUCAUCCCCAUCGCCUACCUCUACCACCCGCUCUUCCGCCGGCUGCUAGAGGCAGCGCGGGACACCUACGGCUACCACUCGUCCGGUCCCCUGCGCCUCCCUUGCUCCGUCGACGAGUUCCCCCGCCUGCGCGCGCUCGUCGAGCGGGACACGCACUCGUACUCGUCGUCGCACCUCGUGCACAUGGCCCCGUGCACCCGCGCUAAGGUCACGUCGUAA